AUGUCGUCUAUUCUGCACUUGCGGUCAGAGACCAAGCCAUUGGAGCACCGGUCUGCUCUGACUCCAACAACCACCAAGGCCUUGAUUGAGGCCGGAUACACCGUCAAUGUUGAGCGCAGUCCUGUUCGCAUCUUCGACGACGCCGAGUUCGAGGCUGUUGGCGCAACUCUCGUCCCCGAGGGCAGCUGGGAACAGAUUCCCAAGGACCACAUUGUCAUUGGACUGAAGGAGUUGGAGGAGAAGGACUUUCCGCUGAAGCAUACACACAUCCAGUUCGCUCACUGCUACAAGAACCAGGCAGGCUGGGACAAGGUCCUCCGAAGGUAUCACGAUGGCGAGGGAAUGCUCCUUGACAUUGAGUUCCUCGAGAAUGACGGCCGUCGGGUCGCUGCGUUUGGAUACUGGGCCGGCUUCGCUGGUGCCGCGCUGGCGCUUCAGAACUGGGCCUGGCAGCUGACCAACAGCGGCGAGCCCCUGCCGAGCGUCGAGAGCCGCCCUAACGAGGCUGCCUUGGUCAGCGACAUCAAGGAGGCUCUUGCUGGUGGCAAGGAAAAGGCCGGCAGGCUGCCCCGCGUCAUUGUCAUUGGUGCCCUGGGCCGCUGCGGCCGUGGUGCCGUCGACAUGUGCAAGAAGGCUGGCAUUCCGGAUGAGAACAUCCUCAAGUGGGAUAUGGAGGAGACCGCCCCUGGUGGACCGUUCAAGGAGAUUGUUGAGAGUGACAUCUUCGUCAACUGCAUCUACCUGAACAAGCAGAUCCCGCCCUUUGUUACCGUGGAGUCGCUGAACACGCCAGACCGCAAGCUCUCUGUCAUCAACGACUGCUCGGCUGACACGACCAACCCCUUCAACCCUGUUCCCGUGUACACUGUGGCCACCACUUUCGACAAGCCCACUGUGCCCGUUGAGGGCCUGACCCAGGGCCCACCAUUGAGCGUUAUCAGCAUCGACCACCUGCCGAGUCUGCUCCCGAGGGAGGCUUCAGAGUCGUUCAGCAACGACUUGUUGCCAUACCUCCUGAAGUUGAAGGAUUGGAAAAAUGACCCGGUGUGGGCUGGCGCGGAGAAGCUGUUCCACGAGAAGGUCAAGACCCUGCCGUAG